AUGGCGUUCAAUCAGAAAAAUCCGCCAUGGCAACGAAAUGCUGGGCACCAGAGCAUGGCUAACAUGCAGGCAAUUGUUAGCUUUUCGCAGGCGCAGGCCGUAUAUAACCCGAACAUAGGGCUGCAACAGCAACAGCAGCAGCAACAACAGCAGCAACAACAGCAUGCUCAGCAACAGCAGCAAAACAUUUCCAUUCUCACGCAUUCGACGUUGGGUAUUCCACAAUCGUCCAUUUAUUCACAGACGGUACAAUAUCCACCGUCCCGACCAAUCAAUGCCAUUGGUUAUCCGAAUCAACCACAAUCGCAACCGGCUCCGCAACCACAAGUGAAUUCGAGCACACCAAAGCUCAAUCCGAACAACCGCGCAUUCAGCGGUACCGGUCUUGUGACGAAGCUACAGAACGAUUACGGCAUUAUCGAUGAGCAAGUGUUCUUCCACACUAAUACCUGCGUGAAGGGUAUUCUGCCGAAGGUGGGUGACCGUGUGCUGGUCGAUGCGGCUUACAACACCAACAUGCCGUUCAAGUGGAACGCAUCCCGUGUCCAGGUAGUGCAGACCAGCGAUCUUAACUCCUCGAUGACUUCACAUACCAACUCGUCUUCGGCGCGUUCCCAUACUGCUGCGUACACCGGGAAUACAGGCUCCCAAAAUAAUGCAUCUGAAUCGCGCGCGAACGUUCGCAAUCGAUACUCGAACACAUCGUCCCGAAAGUCACCGGACCGCAACAUUCGUCGUUCAUCCAAUUCACGCACGAAGGAUGAUUACGACGAUGCGGAACGUAGACGGAAGCGUGACGAUCGUGAAUCAGAGCGGAGUUCGUAUCGCGAAAAGGCUCGUGCUCGCUCACCAGAGCGCCCGCGGGAGCGGGAGCGCAGUCCCGUUAAGAAGCAUUCACCCAAACGGGCUCGCCUUCGUUCGGUUCCGCCGUAUAUGGUGCAGGUUCCGAAACAAAUACUACCCGUCAAAAGUGUCAAUAUCCUAGAGUUGCGCACCCGCUACCCGAAACUCUACAUCCCGUCGGACUUUUUCCUGGCCGACGUUGGGUGGCCUAAAGCGUUCCCCCCAAGCGCACCGCUCCCACUGAACACCGGCUGUCACUUUCACGUGUUUAACAAAGAGGUGGAACGCCCCUUAGCGCUCGAAAAGACAAUCCUGGAUCCGCCCGAUGCCAACUAUCUGUACAGCGUGAAAGUGAUGCUGAUGAGCACCUCGGAACUGGCCGACAUCUACAAAAACUGCUUCUUCCGCAACGAAAAGGAGCGCCGGGACGAGACGCGCAACUAUCUGCAUCCUACGCGCAUGGUUAACUUCCUGGUUGGAACGCGGGGCAAAAAUGAGCUGAUGGCCGUCGGUGGCCCAUGGUCACCUUCGCUAGACGGGAUGCAUCCGCACACCGAUCCCAAGGUCCUGAUGCGAACGGCCAUCCGCACGUGCAAAGCGCUCACCGGGAUCGACCUGUCCGCCUGCACACAAUGGUACCGUUUCGUGGAUAUCUAUUAUCGUCGCACUGAAUCCUACCAUAAAGGUCGUUUGAUUCCGCCACGCGGUGAAACGGUGGUCAUAUUUCUGCCCCGUAUGAGUGCCUGCAUACCAUCGGAAAACCAGUGGGAUAAGAUACAGCAGAAUUAUCAACUUCAUUUGGAACGCAUUGUUAAAAGUAGCAACUCUAGCGGCAGCAACAGUGGGGACGACGCCAUUGAUGGUGGCGCCACUGUUCAGGAGGUACCGACGGUAGUCGAAACGCAUGCACCGGUUGCACAGAAUUCUAGCAGCGCGGACGAUGUUGGCAAGUCUACCGGAACCGCUAGUGUUGCGGAUGAACCGUCGGUCGGGUCGUCAGCAUCAGCGGAACCGUACGAUCAACAGCAAGACCCGCAGCCGCAGCAGCAACAGCAACAGUUGGCGGAUAAAAUCGCGACGGUCGGCUCUACGGUGGAGUCGGCGACAUCAGACGGCGGUCAGCCGGAUACUGCCAACAUUUCGGCCACGGUAUCGGUGAACGAGGGCAGCGGAAACCAGGUCGGUGGUAGCAGCAACAACAGCAACAGUAGCAGCUCAAUAAUGCCGCCGACUGAGACUCUUCCGGUCGUCAUGGAGAUUGACACCGAGACGCUGCUGAUGGAAUACAAAAAAAUGAAGGUUGCCGAGCUCAAAAUCGAACUUACAAACCGCAACCUAGCGACAGACGGUGUCAAGGCUGUGUUACUUGCCCGGCUAUCGGAAGCAAUUAUUGCAGAACAUCAACAAGCUUCACAGGCGGUAGCUGUACCGGUUAAGGAAGAAAUUCCUGAAGCGGAAACAAAAAUACCCGACACGGAUGUUGCUGUACAAAUGGAACCGGAAGCAGUUGUGGAAGUGCACACAGUGGUUGAGAUGACCCCGACGAAUAAGGAAGCCGACAACGGCACAGAUGACAGUAAAGGCAAGGUGGCCGUUUCUGCUAGCGACACUACCGAGACCAUCAAAACAGAAACCAGUCAGCAGGAUGCUGUCACAACCACUGCACCAGCCACGGCCGCACCCAUGCCUGCGCGCAAAAAGGAACAAACGGUGAAGCUGAGCGAGAAGGACCGUAAGAACCUCGAACGCUGGUACACGAUGCCGAAGGAGCCACACGUCGUCGUGCACCCAUCGCGCACGGCCAAAUCGGGCAAGUUUGAAUGUUCCGUCGUGUCGCUGUCGGUGCUGCUAGACUACCGGCCGGAGGACACGAAGGAACACUCGUUCGAGGUAGCGUUGUUUGCCGAGCUGUUCAACGACAUGCUGGCGCGUGAUUUUGGCUUCAAAAUCUACAGCGAACUGUACAAGCUGGGCAAAAAGCCUAACGAGAAAACGGUGGAAACAAAGAAAGAUAGCGGGACGGUAGCACCCGCUACGGAGCCUUCCAAAGCCCGUCCGGACGGUGGUGGUGAGGCAAAUAAUGGUGAGGAUAGCAAAAUGACUACCACCGAUAAGACCGACUCGGUCAAGGGGAAGGACGACAAGGAACAGAACGAUCGGAAGCGCCGUCAACGGAGCGUGGACGAUGACCAUCGUUCCAAGCAGGACACGGAACCGGCCCGCUUUUAUACAGUUCUGCCGGAACUUUUGCUAUCGUUCGUGUACUUCGAUAUCACGCAGUGCGGCUACAUGUUGGAGAAGGAUCUUGUAGAGCUGAUUUAUUGUCUCGGGCUGAAUCUGUCCCGUUCGCAAAUACGCAAAACCGUUGGUGAUGUUGCGGUAGCAAAGAACACGCUGCAUUACAGACAGCUCACCGAUAAGGUGCUGGAAACGGACAAGUCCGGUAAGAAGGUGGGAGAUGAUGGGUCGACACAGAAGACCAGUGUAGCCGAGUACCAGUGUACAGAGUACGAACUGACGGAACAGCAAGCGCUAGAAAUGGCAAACGGCAACACGGAUUACAUCAACCAGUUGCAAUCCAGUGUGAUGGAAAUUGUCAAUGGAAGCGACGGUUCAACGCAGGAACCAAUGGCAAAGAAAAUCAAAAUUGAAUCCAUCGAAGAUCUUCCGUCAACAUCGGAUGGUUUGGUAGAGUACAACGGCACCAUUGUGGAUGUUGGUAAGAGUUUGGAACAUACCAAGCUUAUCGAACAGGCACGCGAGCGUGCGGAGAAGUCGAUUGAAAUUCUGCGCAACAUGAACGAAGAGCUGACCGCCAAAAAUAAACGCUCGACGCAGCACAUCAGCGAGUUGAUCGCUGACUUAAAGAGUGCUAAGAAAAAGUUGGUCGACAACGAACUGACUAUUCGUGACUUGACGCGUAAGAAUACAGAAUAUCAUUCAAUCUUAACCAGUGUGUACGACCGCGUACGUCCUGCGGUGAACAUACCGGAUCGUAAACGGUCGACGUCCACCGUUUCCACGUCGAAACGCGAAAAUUCGAAGGAAAAGGCUUCUGCCCCUAAAGAGAAGGAAGUCGCCCAGCAGGAUGUGAAGAAAGCAGAUAAAGCUGCCGUCGAAGUAGAUAAAGCGAAGCGCGAACCAAGCGUCGUAACGCAGAGCGAGCGUACGGAGGAAACACCACAAAACGCGACAAAGGACACCAGUGGUGGGACCACGGCAAACGAUGCGGAACAUUCGGAAAGCGUUACUGCCGCUAAGAGCGACCAUGAAUAG